AUGUACCAAGACGGAACACCUGACACCCAAAUGCAGGUCGGCUUUAUUGAAGAGUCGCAAAUCACUCCAUCAUCAACAGAGCCGUUUGUGGCUGACUAUAGUAUGCCACAGCCACCACAAGCCGCAUUUGCAGAUAGAAAUGGAGCAUAUCGCUUGUCCGAUCCUUCCAUUCCCCAAGCUAUUCCACUCACGGGGGCGCUUCCGCCGCGUCAUAGAGAUCAGCUCCCUGAACAGCAGAUGGGAAUCUAUCGGGAAGUUAAUGAGAUUCCAGCUUUUUUUGAGCAGGUCAUGUUGCCGCCGGAUACAUCUCCGUGGCCAUGGUUUCAAGGUGUUCAGCAACCACGGGGCGUUUUUGAUUUUAUGUGUGACCCAGAGUUCACGAGUCCAGAUGGUGGUUUGUUCAACUUUGAUACGAUUACCGACUUGGACAUAAUUCUCGGAUCUGGUGCAUCUCCUGUCGCCGCCAAUCUCGAUCCAGGCGUUAUUGUUGAUGAUCAGACUGCCAAACAGCGUGUGGCUGCUUUUAGAAGGUCUUUAUGGCUCUGGAUUCCCGAAAAGAACCAAAAUGGAUUCAGCGGCGAAGGCCACAUCCCCCUCGAGGAUGGCGACAUGACUGCUUUUAUAACUAGGCUGCACAGAUCGCGCUUAGAGUCUUUGAAUAUACGCGGAAAACUCACAGUUCAGUCCAGAGACAAUAUCUUUCGACUGAUCAUUAGUACUGCAAGAUCACAACUAUCCGUCCCGUCAUUCCCAUCCGCCGAGUCUCUAGAUGCACUGAUCAAGAUCGGUAUCUCGAAGAGAACGGAAACCGAUGCAUGGAUUCAUCCAUAUACACUUUUCCGGCAGGACUCGAGGCCUGAGCUUUUGACAGCUUUAGUUGCUGCUGGGUGUGUUUGUUGUGGCAUUUCGUCUAUCAACAAGACUGGGGUCCUUCUACUGGAGAUUCUUCGAGUCAGUCUGGCACAACUAGCCGAACUGGACAAUAGUGUUCUCCGAGAUCUACAAUACUUUCAAGCUUCUAUGAUGUGGCUGGAUAUUGGCAUCUUCUGUGGCCAUAAACGCAAAAUGCAAAUUGCAGAAAGCCAUUUACAACCAUUGUGCACUGCUUUGAGAAGAGCUGGUGCCUUUGACCGGUCCUUCUACUCUCAGUUCACGUUGUACCCAGAUCUGAUUGACGACACAUUGGAAGAAACGUGGAAUGACUGGAUUAGGCAGGAGUCUUGGAAAAGGCUCGCAUAUCACCUGUUCGAACACGACGCAGAAGUUACAGCCGCCAUGAACAGACCUCCACUAACCAGCUACACGGAAUUUACACUCCCCUUCCCGAGCUCUCGUGAACUAUGGCUCGCACCAACAGCGGCAGCUUGGAAACACCUAUUAGUGACCAAAUAUGCUCAUUUGAAACCCCCCACUCUGUCUCUACGAGACCUUCUCGCCGAUCCUUCGAUACUGAAUCAUCUUCCCAUUAAUGUGGACACGGUAGUCUGCAAGUCUUCAUUACUACAUGGACUAAUGAGUCAGGUUUGGGAGUUUCGACAACAGGCGCUACUGACACCAAACCGGCAUUCGGAGCGAGGGGCGUUAACGCAGCUUUGGUUGAAAAGCAGACAGGAGGAUCUGUCAAUAUCUAUCCAGGCGGCCAAACUGGAUAUGAUAAACCGCCCGGCAAUCGCAACUCUACUCGCCGAAUUCGCCACAAUGUAUCUGCACAUCAACCUUGACUCAAUACAACGCUUUGCGGGUCAAUUCGGCGAACUCGAGGCCAGAGAAGAAUAUCCCCGUCUACGAGACUGGAGCAUUACACGAGAAGCACGCACUGCAAUCUGGCAUGCUGGUCAGGUCCUUAGGGCUGCGCGAGAGGUUCCACCGUUCGAACUUCGCGGUUUUGACACUUUGUCCAUAUAUCAUGCUACACUGGUCCUCUGGAUAUUCGGGUUGCUGCAAUGCGUCGGAAAGCCGCGCGACGCUCUGAACUUACCACCCGGUAGUAGUGGUGGAGGACAACAAACUGAGCCGUUGAUUGCGCUGGACGGUCCUGAGAACGAAUUCACAAAGGCGUUUGUCAAUGGAGCCGUUGGCCAACCGGGGUUGACGUAUUACUCAGCCAGUCCCGAGGGAGGUCAUGUCUCGAUGUCCAUACAGCUAUGUAGUCCUCAUUUGAUUAUGGAGGUUGCGCGGCAGGUCCUGGAAGGGAAUUGCCAGGGCUCUGGAGACAACUUGCCGCCGCUGGUGGGAAAUCUAUGUAAUUUGAUCAGGGAAUUGGGGGAUUUGUCCUAA